AUGCCAAAUGAAUUAAUAUUCCGGAUUUUUGGGAGACUAGAUGCUUACGAACUUUUACCUGUAAUGCGCAUUCUACCAUCGAAAAACAGGUUAUACGAAUGUGCUUUAUUUUUGUUGCUCCAUAAAGUCGAAAUUUAUUACGAUGGUAAAAAUACAAAGCCUGAAUGCUUUGAAGACAUUUUCAAAACUAUUUACAAGUAUCAAAAUCAAUCUGAUGGAAGUCAAAAUAAUUAUCUGAAACCACACGUUUGGAUUCGUUAUAACAAUCUUCCAAAGAUUCUGAAAUAUGAAUCUGCAAUUAAAAAGAUUAUAAUCCAUAAAGCAGAAAACAGUUUUUGUACUCGGAGACCUUUAAUAUCCAAAGGGAAGUCAAAAAUUAUCCAAUGCUUUUUGAAUCGGUGCACUAACGUCAAGGUAAUUGAAAACAGGUGUGGUUUAGAUGUCGACUAUCCCAAAUCAACGGAAACUUUGAAAAUAUUUAUGGAAGAUGAGGCAAAGUCAUUUUAUAUGCGAACUUACGGAAGAUUUAUCAUUGAUUUAAGCAAAAUUAGUUUGCCAACAAAGAUAAAACAACUAUAUCUUAAGCUGGUAAGGUUCAUUUUUGAUAUAACAGCUUGUUUUCCAACUUUAUCCCAUCUUGAAAUUGAAUGCUCUGUAAUUAGAAAUCCUAAAAAACUAAGAAUCGAUAGGCAUUGGUUCCCCUCUUUGGUAACAUUAGUAUUGCGUUGCGAUACUAUGUACCUGGAUCCGUUGGAGAUAGAUUUACAAACACCGAAAACCGGCAACACCUACCACAAUAACGCAAAUAGUGUUGAUCUGAAUCUGACAACAUUCUUAAAAGGAUUCCAGGAAAUUGAACAUUUGACCAUCAUCAAGUGUGGAGACUCUAUGAUUCCCAAAAGUUUACAAAAUUAUAAGGCCUUGAAAACCAUUGAUUUUUCUUGGAACAAUACAUUCAGAAUCUCCAAUAGCUUUAAAUACCUUGUGAAUUUAGUUUCCCUAAAUCUUGAAUACAAUGAUAUUCGGAAAAUUGAAAAUUUGGGUGGGCUUUUGAACUUGGAAUGGUUACUGCUAAAAGAUAAUGAAAUUGAAAACAUUGAAGGCUUAAACUUGCCUAAGCUUAAGUAUUUGAACAUCAGCCAAAAUCGAUUGCGAGCUAUUGAUAAUUUACAAAGUUUGAAAGUCCUCGAAGAAUUGGACAUCUCGCGUUCUUAUUAUUUGAAGAGCAUUGUGGGCUUGCUAACCGUGGUUGAAACCCUUGUUACUCUUCACUGUUAUUCUCUUCCUUGGAGAAACUUCUCAGAUACUGAUCUUUCCAGGUUGUCCAAAAUUAAAACCAUAAAAUCUGAUUCUUUAAUGCCGCAAUUUCCACUCACUUAG